ACAUCAUUGACCGCCGGUCCACGCGUGCCAUCGCAGCAUCCUACACAUUCUUGCUGCUAUCUUCUUUCAGCUUGCCUCCUCCUAUGAUCCGCAUACAGCCGCUUUAGGUGAUUUUGCAAUCGCCGCUCUCCGCAUCGUUCAAUCACAUGUUUACCUUAACAUAAAGUAUCCACUUUGGCCCCUUCAAUUGUCACACACAACUCACGAUGCCUGAGGGUACUGAAAAUGGAGAAAGAGCACCGUCGCCUAGGCCUUUCGGAAGGCAACGUGCCCCUACAAUUACCAUAGAUACCUCAGCUGUAAGCGGAACAGAGACGGAACCUGCCGUAGUUGAGGACUCACAUAACCUGGCGAGGCCGGAAACCUCCGACGGCGCAUCCUCGUUUUAUUCUCAGCAGCCCUCUGUUUCAUCUCCGUUGGAUCUCAAAGCGACCAAUUCGUUCGAAAGUAAGGAGAGUCGGCCAAUUUCCCCUCACAACAUUUCAUCGCCGGCCCACAAAACAAUGGACGCCAAAUUCUUGUCAGUUCCAGGGUCAAGGUCGAGAGGGAACUCUGUAGAUUCAUCUGCUUCGGUGUCGGGGACCAGUGCGACGUAUGUCAACAGCCCUACGGAAGAUCAAAGGAAUGCUGGUCGGACGAGUAACGCUGAGCUGUUGAGCGACGAGGAAGCAUUGAAGCCUGACCCAGGGACUGAGGCGGACUUUGAAGUCGAGGACAAUAAGUUUGCUUUCACACCAGGACAGCUUGGCAAGUUGAUCAAUCCGAAGAGUCUCGGUGCCUUUCGAGUUCUGGGUGGCCUUACUGGACUUGUGAAAGGUUUACGAACAGAUCUGAAAACUGGACUCAGUACCGAUGAGAAGUUCCUUGACGGUUAUGUCUCCUUCGAAGAUGCAACACAAGUUCGGGAUCCGGGCUCUAUGGAUCCCACUAGCAAAACGCCUCAAAGAACAGACACUAUGAAGUCGGCGAAGCGAAUAGAGCAUGUUUUCGCCGAUCGAAUACGGGCUUUCAAGGAUAACCGGCUUCCAGAACGGAAGUCCAAAAGCUUCUUUCGGCUCGCGUGGAUGGCAUUCAAUGACAAAAUCCUAAUACUCUUGACUAUAGCCGCCUUGAUAUCGCUAGCACUAGGUAUCUUCGAGUCCACGCAACCUCAUCCCAACGGAGAGCCCCGAGUUGAAUGGGUUGAAGGUGUGGCCAUUAUGGUUGCCGUCUUCGUAGUCGUUUCUGUUGGGGCACUCAAUGACUGGCAGAAGGAAAGACAAUUCGUGAAGCUGAAUAACAAGAAGGACGAUCGUUUCGUCAAGCUGAGGCGGAAUGGCAAGGAGCAAGAAAUCAUUGUGCAUGAUGUGCUUGUGGGCGACAUUGUCAUGCUUGAACCUGGUGACUUGGUUCCUGUCGAUGGUAUAUUCAUCAAAGGGUAUGGGGUCAAGUGUGACGAGUCAUCAGCAACAGGCGAAUCAGAUUUGAUGAGAAAGACGCCUGCUGCGGACGUACAGCGUGCUCUGGAAAACAAAGAAGAUUGCAAGAAGAUGGAUCCAUUCAUUCUAUCGGGAGCCAAAGUCCAGGAGGGUACAGGGGAGUUUUUGGUCACCUCGACAGGGAUUUACUCGAGUUAUGGCAAAGUAAUGCUCUCACUCCGCGAGGAUGCCGAAGUCACACCUCUGCAAUCAAAACUCAAUGUGCUGGCCGAAUAUAUUGCCAAGCUUGGUGGCGCGGCUGCAUUACUCCUAUUCACCGUUGUGUUCAUCAGGUAUCUGGUGAACAUUGUUGGUCCAGAGAAGGGCUUGUCAGCAGCUAGAAAAGGUCAACUCUUUCUCGAUAUUGUCAUUGUCACAAUCACCAUUGUUGUCGUUGCCGUUCCUGAGGGCCUUCCGUUGGCCGUCACACUCGCCCUUGCAUUUGCGACCACACAAAUGUUAAAGGAUAACAAUCUCGUGCGAUUGUUGCGGUCUUGUGAAACGAUGGGUAACGCAACUACGAUCUGCUCUGAUAAGACAGGCACUUUGACUCAAAACAAAAUGACGAUCGUCGCUGGUACCUUGGGCACAGUCCUACGCUUUGGAGAUAAAAAGCUCAUAGCACCUACCGAUGAUGGCAACGGCAUGAAAGGCAGCAACCUUAAUGACACAGAUGACAUAUAUCCGGCUGAGUUUGUGUCAUCGACUAGUGAGGAAAUGCGAGAGCUUUUCAAACAAUCUAUCGCCAUCAACUCAAAGGCUUUCGAAAGUGAGGAGGAUGGAGAGGCUACAUUUACGGGUUCCAAGACUGAGACAGCUGGGCUCUCAUUUGCCCGAGACUACUUAGGUAUGGGACCGUUGACCACGGAACGAUCUAAUGCAGACAUUGUUCAAGAGAUCCCAUUCGAUUCCGGACGAAAAUGCUCUAGCGCGAUCGUGAAAAACACCAAUGGAACCUAUCGAAUGUACGUCAAAGGUGCUUCUGAGAUCCUGCUGAAGAAGGCCACCAAAAUUGUUGCGGAACCUAGUAAGAGCACCGAUGUUGCAGACUUGACUGACGACAACCGUAAAACCCUCGAAGCCUUGAUUGAAGCAUAUGCAUCCCGAUCCCUCCGAACGAUUGGUUUUCUUUAUCGAGACUUUGAGCAAUGGCCCCCCAAGGGCGCAGAGGUCAAAGAUGAUCCUACUCAGGCUGAUUUCCGCCGCGUUUUCGAGAACAUGACAUUCUUGGGCGUGGUUGGCAUACAAGAUCCCCUUCGAGAUGGCGUUCGGAGCGCCGUUGAAGAUUGUCAAAAGGCCGGUGUAUUCGUCCGUAUGGUCACGGGCGAUAACGUGACGACCGCUAAGGCAAUUGCCGAAGAUUGCGGUAUCCUUGUCCCUGGCGGACUCGUUCUGGAAGGCCCUGUAUUCCGAAAGAUGAGCAAGAGGCAGAUGGAUCAAGCUAUACCAAAGCUUUGUGUUCUUGCGCGUUCCAGUCCAGAAGAUAAGCGCAUUCUCGUCAAGCGCCUCAAGGAGCUUGGCGAAACUGUGGCCGUUACAGGUGACGGUACAAAUGACGCUCCGGCACUAAAAGCAUCCGAUAUUGGAUUUGCUAUGGGUAUCUCGGGAACAGAAGUUGCAAAAGAAGCCUCUGCUAUCAUCCUGAUGGAUGAUAACUUUUCGUCAAUCGUGAAAGCUUUACUCUGGGGGCGUGCUGUAAACGAUGCGGUGAAGAAAUUUCUCCAAUUCCAAAUCACCGUCAACAUCACGGCCGUCUUUCUCACUUUUGUUUCCGCUGUUGCAAGCGAGAAUCAACAAUCUGUCCUUACUGCUGUGCAGCUAUUAUGGGUCAACCUGAUCAUGGAUACCUUUGCUGCUCUGGCAUUGGCUACAGAUCCGCCGACUCGGACUUUACUGAAUCGAAAGCCAGAGCCGAAGUCGGCUCCUUUGAUUUCGCUCACAAUGUGGAAGAUGAUUAUUGGGCAGGCCAUCUUUCAGCUUGCUGUAACCUUGAUCCUGAAUUUUGCUGGAGCACAGAUCCUUUCUUACGAAUCCGCGCCAGAGCAGGAUCGGCUGGGCACUCUUGUCUUCAACACUUUUGUCUGGAUGCAAAUCUUCAAUCAGCUCAACUCUCGCCGGCUUGACAAUGGUUUCAAUAUCUUUGAGGGCAUUACAAGGAACUAUUUCUUCAUUGGUAUCAUGUUACUCAUGAUAGGUGGCCAGGCGAUCAUUAUCAAUUUCGGCGGAGCUGCUUUCUCGGUGUCCAAGUUGAAUGGCCCACAGUGGGGAUAUUCAAUCCUCCUUGGUUUCAUUUCUAUCCCGAUCGGUAUCAUAAUCCGACUGAUUCCGGAUGAAAUAAUUCGUGGUCUGACUCCAGCAUGUUUCAAGCGCAAAGAGGCGCCUCCUGAAAUCAUCUCCGACGAUUUUGAGUGGAAUCAAGGUCUGUUGGAGGUUCGUGAAGAGUUGGCUUUCAUCAGAAAGAUGCGUGGUGGUCGUCUCGGUGCACUUAAGUGGACAAUCAAACACCCGAAGGAAGCAUUACACAGGUCGAGAACAAGCUUGUCUGUUCCCUCGACUCCGAAUGGUGAACGCAGUGAGGACGGACAUUCUCUGGCUCCACCAACGCCUGACUCUCGGCGUAGAAGACGGUCUCGAUCAAAUUCCGCAUUCGGCCCGGCGGCUGCUAUGGCUGGCAUUGUGGCAGGAAGCAUCGCAGGAUGGUCGCCUAUAGAGCGUCGCAGUGGUGAUAAUGACUCUUUGGGAUUCGGACACAGAACUAGCAAGAGUGACCUUGAGGGCCACGAAGGAGUCGAGCUCCAUCCCGACACGAAGUCCACAGACCCAAUCUUGGUGCAAGAUCCUUACGAUCCAAAGGCACCUCCUAGUCAGAAGAAAGAAACAACGCCCAACUUCAGGACUGGUCCAUUCUCAGGCGACCCAAGUCUUGAUCCUGGCAAAGGGAAAGACAAGGAUGAUACCGCUCCCUGAACUGUUCCCUAGUUAUUCACGCACGCACUACUACUACUGCUACCACCACCGCCUAUACAACACCACCUUCAAUGUACAUUUUUACUCAGAUCAUAUAGGGCAUACACCCAAACGGAGACAGUGGCGUUUUCUUAGGGUUUCUCUCCUUGGCCUUGGGGGCUCAUCGCAGGUAUUAUUGCAUUGUAAUUGGAACAAAACCCGCGUCUGCGGCUUGUCUUUUUUGUUAAAACGGCACUGGUAGACUUCCAGUGCACGGAACGAGCAUGGGCCAGAGCUGUCUACAGAUGUUCAUAAGGAACAGUGGGAAAGACCAGUCAUGUAAGGAUGAGUAUGAUGUGGCUUGUCUCCUGUCGGUAGUAUGUAUAAUAGGUAUGACGCAUGGAGAAUCAACACUCCUGUCUUCUGAACUCUUGACCACUCGUCGUGAAUAUUUUCA